ACUAUUUAUAAACUAAUAACUAUCAAUCACUGGAACAUGUUGUCCUAUCAACAGUUCGUUUUAUAUAAAGUAGUGAUAAGAAAUAAGAUUUAAAAACAUCAGUUGUGUAAACAAAGAUUAUUUGAAAAAUCUUAAUUGAAAUCAAUACUGAUAACAAUUGAAUUCUUAAAUAUUUCACACUUUUUAUGCUGACACUAAACCGUAGGAUAUUGAACGAAGAUAAAUAAAAUUGAAUUUAACAAUGAUAUAAAAACAUGUAGAAGCAAAAAUGAAUAAAUAAGUGUAUCUCACAUAAAAAGGUAUUAGUUGAGUAUUAACCACCAGUGAAAUUUAACAAUUUAUGGAUAUUUGAUCAGAUCAAAAUGCUUUCAAAAGAUGAUAAGUUCGGGAUUAUUUUUUCUUUAGGAACUAUCUAUUUUAUAAGUUUUUGGCUAUUAAUAAUUGGAUAUUUCACUCCAGGAUGGUUAAUUGUGCAUUACGGUAGAAAUUAUCGGCGCAAAUGCUUGAUAGGGGUAGUGACGCAAAGCUGUGAUACUAGUAGUUUUAAUUUGGCCUUGAGAAAUGAAUUGAACGACAAAUCCAGAAUAUUGGAAAACGUCUUUAAACUGAUGACAUCUGCAAUUGUAGUCGUGUUCACCAAUGCCAGUUUGCUCAUUACGGCGCUUAUAUAUGACUUGUAUGAAUAUUCGUUAUAUAUGUCGUUAUUGUCAAUCUCCUUUGGGAUAUUCUACCCCGUUGCCGCCAUACUUAUCCUCGUAGCAACUAUAUACGUUGAGGCAACGUGCACAGAUGACACAGGUUAUUCUACAAUUAUGUGUACAGUAGCUGGAAGUCUUAUGCUGAUAGUUUACGCCGGCUUAAUCAUGUAUGAUAGACAAUACAUUCAGAGUAUGACGGCACCAUCUAUUGUAAAAACCCGAAAACAAGUGCAAAUGUCAAGGAAACCCAGAGGGAAUCAUGCUUCAAUACAUGACCACUCUAGCUGAAGAAAAAUGUGUAAAUCAUGUCCGUCGUGAAUGGGGUUUGCGAAGAACAUGAUUUAAACAGCAAUGUUAUAAAAGAACGAUAUUUGUCAAUAUUAUAUGCUCUUUGCUGAAGGUUUAUCUCCUUGUUUAAACAUAAAAUGCAACAUUAAGAGCAAUGAUUUGUGCAAGCUACUGAUUUUAAUUUUGUAUGCCAUAAGAUUCAUUUGGUUUUGUAACGCUUUAAAUUGUCCGACUGAGACGAGUUUGGAAUUAAGGAAAUAGUUUAUAGUUUUUCACUGUGGGCAAAAUUAUACCCAACAUACCUAAACAUUGGAAAGCAAAACUAGAGAUAUUGUAGAUUUAUGUUACAUUUGCCUUUAGUAAAUUGCUGUACCUUUUGUACUAAAACAAUGACAUAAAAUUCAAUGACAGUGUA